UGCACUAACGGUUUUUCAACAGGAUUCAACAAAAACAUUAAAUUUAUUAAUUAAUAAAUCAGUCCGUUUAUUAAUUACUUUAUAUCCAGGAGGAUUACUUACUCAGCGGAGAGCAAAAGAAUCUACUGAUCUGAGGCUGUAUUGAUUGAGGCUCCAGCAGGUCCAGCAUGGAGCAGGCAGAGGAUCAGAGCACAUCAGGAUCAUCCAGCGGUGGAGGUGCUGGUGCUGGUGCGGCAUCAGGUGGAAACUCUCGCCCGGCUCAGAUCGCUCAGAUGUCUCUGUAUGAACGACAAGCCGUACAGGCUUUGCAGGCUUUACAGAGACAGCCUAAUGCAGCGCAGUACUUUCAGCAACUGAUGCUUCAACAGCAGAUCAACAAUGCUCAGCUUCACAACCUUGCUGCAGUGCAACAGGCCACACUUGCUGCCAGUCGUCAGUCCAGUUGUCCCAAUAACAGUGUCUCUGCAGUGAGCACAGCUAACUUAAGCAGCACCACCGGGGGAGGGACCAUGACGAACCCCCGGCCAGUUGGCCCAGUCACAUCUGUAACAUCAUCAGCUCUCAGCCAGUCGGUGUUACUGGGUGGGAACUCGGCGGCUCAAGGCCAGAUGUACCUGAGAGUGAAUCGACCUCUCAGGGCUCCUCUCACCUCUCAUCAGCUCAUCUUCAUGCCCGGUGGAACAGCCACAGCUGCCGUGGCAACAGUGGCCCAGCAACAGCCUCAACAACAACAACAACAUCAGCAGCAGGAGGUCCCACCUACAUCUUCAAAUAACCAGCCAGAUAAUGACCAGGUGCAGAAUUUGGCCCUACGUUGUGUUUCUACCCCACGAGUGGCUGCUGUUAAGACUGAGUAUCCUGACAGGAAGGACUCAGGUUCGUACUGUGUUCCUCCUCAGUCUCAGCAGCAGCAGCAGCAGUUCCCUCAGACAGCACAGCAGAUCAGCACCACCAAACUCCAAACUCCUCCUUCCUCCUCCUCUACCUCACUCUCCUCCUCAUCCUCCACUUCCUCUCCUUCUCUCCCUCUGUCUCAGCUCCUCCUCUCCCCCUCCCGCCUCGCCCCAGCAGCCACUGUCACCCACAUCCUCGUCCCCAGCAACAACGUACCCACGUCCUCCCCGGGUUUCCCCAAACCCAGCAUGGCCGCUCAGACCCUGGUGGUCCAGCCGCUCCAGCAGCAACAGCAAAACGGAGCGGAGAAGCUGCCGGGUCCCAUCCCCAUCCAACCCAAAACAGCCCAGAGCAAUCGCAUGCCCUCUCAGAUGCCACCUCGUCACCCACCACCAAUUCUCCCGGCUCCACCCAACCCCCACCCACCACCACACGUCCCGGUCCAGCUGCUCGGAUCCAGACAGGGAACCAUGGGGAACGCUCAGGCUGUAGCUGUAGCACAGGCUCGAACCUGCUACACCCAGCAGGACAGCUCUGUCCACAGUCAUAAUCAUAGCUCCUCCCCCAACACAGCCACUAUGAUGACCGCUAUGGAGAGUGGUCCUGGGACGGGUCUUAAACCAGCAAGUCAGAACCUGGAACCGGGUCAGAACGGGUCUGCUGCAGCUCAGGUUAUAGACGUAGAAAACAGCAGUGCUGCAGCACCACCUGCUGGAGAAACAGCGUACGAUCAGCCCACAAACACACAGAUGAAGCCUGCGAUUGGCUCGUUGAAGCGCAAAUCAGAAUCGGACAUGACCGGAGAGAUGACAUCAGAAGUUUCUCCUCAGAGUUGUCCGUCAGCUCCGGACUCCGCCCCUCCUCUCUCCCCUGCCCCCUCAAUGGAAACUACUUCAGAGACAGCAUUCUCCACCCCACCCACUUUGUCUCUGUCUCACCCUCGAGCUCCUGUUCCUCAGGCUGUGGUUAAACCACAGGUUCUCACCCACCUCAUCGAGGGAUUCGUCAUCCAGGAGGGAGCCGAGCCAUUCCCUGUGACCGGUCCAAUAAAAGAGCACGCGAUGGGUGUUCCUGUUGCUGUGCCGCGGUCAAUGCAGUCUGAGAACAGCACCCCUGCUGUACUGAAGUGUGAGUUCUGCGAGAGCUUUGCUCCUGCCAGUCAAUUCCGAGGCUCCAAGCGCUUCUGCUCCAAAACCUGCGCCAAGAGGUACAAUGUAAGCUGUAGUCAUCAUUUCCGGACCAGUCAGCGUCGCAGUGGUGCACCAGUACCCGAGGGAAUAGCUAGGCGCAGGGGUCCUCGCAGGAGCAGCUCUGAAAUCGCCUGUGCCAAAAUCGCAGGACGACACGUUUCAGUAAAGUGUCGUUCAGAGUCCAGUCGUUCUGAGGACGUCUCCAGCUGUGAAGGUGAAGAAGAGGAGGAGGAAGAUUCUCUCUCUCCAAGCUCCUCCUUUUCCUGCUCUCGUCCUGCUCACUGCACCCCUGAGCUGGACCAGUCGGCACCCGCUGGCCUCCCGUUGGACGGAGACCACUUCCUGCCUGCUAACCCUGCCCACUGGGGUGUGGAGGAAGUGUGCCGUUUCAUUUCCUCUCUGCAAGGCUGUGAGGAGCUGGCCGGGCAUUUUCUAUCCCAGGAGAUUGAUGGUCAGGCACUGCUGUUGCUAAAGGAGGAACAUCUGAUGAGCACCAUGAACAUUAAGCUGGGUCCUGCCCUGAAGAUCUGCGCCUCCAUCAACAGCCUCAGAGACUGAGGGGGAACAGAGGGGGACAGAAAGGGUACAGAGAAGAGGGGUAUUUGCAUAACAGUGACUUUACAACAGAGAAGAGAGGAACAGUAUCUCAUGUACACUUGGCUGUGCUAGUCUGAGUGCACCACCUAAUGCCUGCGUACUCACUGUUAUUGUUUCGUUUUUGGAUUUGAUCACAGCUUAACUGGCAUCUGAUCUGAUUGAUCUUUCUUAUGACAGUUUUCUUGCUGCAUCCCAAACCUUAUCAUAUGUACUUAAUAGUAAAGAACGAUAUCACUAGCAGUGUGCUGUUUGGGACACAGCCUUUCCCACCACGGUUACCAUGAGCUUUAGGGCAUUAUGUUGCACACUUUGUAGUGCACAUAUGUGGAGAGUAUAUACACACCUGACCUGACCUAACCUCACACAUGCCCUUUAGACCAAAUGGGCACAAAUUCCCACAGACGCAUUCCAAGUACUGUGUGGAAAGCCUUGCCAGAAAAGUGGGGGCUUCUAUUUUGCAUUUUUUAUUAAUAGAAUGUUUUCCUUAAAAUUCAAAGUCAGUAAAACAACUAUGAGUGAAAAAUCUAUAAAAAACAAUCAUGAAUUUUGAAAUGAUAUUUUUUUGCUGCUUAAAAGCGAGUCGGCGCAUUGGCGAAAGUGAUUACAUCAGUUCCUCUCUACAGAAGAUCAGAUUUCCAGGCGCCCAGGUGGCGCAGCGGGAUAUUCCGCUAGCACACCAGCACAGAGAUUCUAAACUCCUUGGUUCGAAACUCAGCGUUGCCACCGGUCGGCUAGGCGCCAUCUGGCGGGCACAAUUGGCAGUGCCUGCAGCAGAUACUAAUUGGCCACCGUAUCUGCAGGGUGGGGGCCGGACUAUGUGUGGGUGGGUGGGUCGGUCUUCAUACGCUGUGUAAGGACCCUGAUUGACAGAAGAGACGCCUGUGCACAAUGCAGGGGCGAGAAGAGGAUGGCUGUGCGUGUGUCGGAAGAGGCGUGUACAGCGACGUGCUCUCCUUGGAUGCAAUCUGGCAUCCCUCAGCAGCAGAAGACAAACUGAGUGUGCUAAAUCGGGAGGAAAUUGGGGAGAAAAUGCAGACCAGUCUGAUGAUCUGACGGCACUUGGGUGGAUUUGAUCUUCUCGUCAGAGGUUAGGUUCCUGUAAUACACCUAAGCUCCCCAAACACCAAGAAAUGCUGAAAUUCAUUUAGAUUUCACAAUUAAGAUUCAGAUUCUUAAUCUCAAAUUGGUUUGCUGAUUGUAUAAUUCGUAAUAAAACAUUCUAUUAAAUAGAAAUAAUAGAAUAAAUGCAUUUUCAGUAGUGGACCCAGACUUUUGCCCCCUGCUGUAUGUAGCUCCGUCUCUCACUUUCAAAUAAACAAGUGAAAGGUACAAUUAAGGGCUGUAGGAAGGAGCAGUGGUCCGAGUUGCCUUGAUGUUGCCAUGGUGAUGUAAGAACGUUGAGCUAUGGGGUGUAAAAGUCUGAGUGCACUAUCAAAAUACAGUUCAUCACAUGUCAAACAUUAUGACAGUGUUUUUAAACCAUCAACAUCACUGUGGGUAUAGGAACAUCCCACAAACCACUGCUGCAGUCUGGACGCACCAAAAACACCAAACAGUGUCAACCUGAGCCUUUCAAACCUUCCACACAUUUCUGUCCUGCUCUCAAUAGCUCUGGUACAUUACAAUUGUAUUAUGUCCCGCCUGCAGUGUCGACGCUAGCUCGGCUUCUAUCCACUGCAAAUGUGAUUUGUUAUCCACACACUUGAAUCUCAUUUACUCCACAUUUACUCUGUAGUACCAUUUAGGUACUUAGUCCUUAGUCCUGUUCAGGCUUGCAAGCCCAUACUGGGAAGACUGGGUGUAAAAAAAAAACCACACAAAGUGCCAGUCUUGUGGUGCCUGGCAUCACUCCCUGACACCCAGAUGUUAUUUAAAGUAGGCAAUAUGUUCACUGGCAUGUUUUAGGAGGAAGCUGUGGACACAAGUAGGAGUGAAGUAGGCAUUAAACCCUUGUUUCUGGAGCUGUGUGUGGCACCAACACUACCCUGUACAACUGUAAAACACCAAAUCCUAACCUACUUUAUGAAUGAGAUCCAGACUUAGGUCGUUUUUACUUUAGAGGUCCUAAAAUACUCUGAGUGUAAUCAUUUAUCUGUCUGUACGUGCAAGUUACCGACUACAUACUGCACCAUGCUAACAUGUUAGCGACAGCGAUAGUUAGCAUGCUACCUUGAACAAGUCAUGCUCUGUAAUGAAUUAAACACAAUGAUCA